GAUUCCAGCCCGCCAUUCCGAUCCGGCAGUAAGCCCCGAGCGGGCCCAGCUGCCGCCUGACCUGGGCUGGGAGCCUUGUUCGGGCCCACGGAGCGAGGAGCUCCCUGCUCACACACCGCUCUAGGCCUUAAAGCCAGAAGAAAAUCACAGUCCCCACGCCUCCACCCUUCGACUCAGCCACCGAGAAUCCAGGCCUCAGGUUCACCCUCUUCCCCCGAAACUUAAGGUUCUUGUUCGGCUGUAACCCAGUUCCCCAAGCAAACAUCUUCUGGUUUUAUUUUUGGGAGUUUCAGUCCCCGUGGGCAUAUCCCCUGAAUGAAUUUUGGGGAGAUUCAAAAGAAGCAGGUGUAAUUCUAGGGGGGCCUGGAUUUCUUUCCUGGACAUCGGCUUUCAUCUGGGAUGAGGGAGAAAGACAGUCACCAGACCUGAGGAUAGGGCCGAUGGGAAACCCUAUAGUAAGAGAGGGUUUGACAAGCGGAAAUGGGAUCCCCCAGGAAUAACAACCACAGGUGGGGUCUCCCAGGCAGUGAGAUGGGGGCAAAGCAGCGACAGCAGGGAAACACAGAUGGGGAAGCUCCUGGCAGUGGUGCGUGCCCGGGAGUGGGGUCCUCAGACAUAAAACCGGGUUCCAUGGAGUCUUCCCCUUCCCCUUUCCCGCAGGAGGAUGUUUCCCCCCUUCAAGGUGCGAGUCAGCGGCCUGGACAAGAAGGCCAAAUACAUCCUGCUCAUGGACAUUGUGGCCGCUGACGAUUGCCGGUAUAAAUUCCAUAACUCGCGCUGGAUGGUGGCGGGAAAGGCCGACCCUGAGAUGCCCAAACGCAUGUACAUCCACCCGGACAGCCCGGCCACGGGAGAGCAGUGGAUGGCCAAGCCUGUGGCUUUCCACAAGCUGAAACUGACCAACAACAUCUCCGACAAGCAUGGCUUCACGAUCCUGAACUCCAUGCACAAGUACCAACCGCGCUUCCACAUCGUGAGAGCCAACGACAUCCUGAAGCUGCCCUACAGCACCUUCCGCACCUACGUGUUCCCGGAGACCGACUUCAUUGCGGUCACUGCCUACCAGAAUGACAAGAUCACGCAGCUGAAGAUCGACAACAACCCGUUUGCCAAGGGCUUCCGGGACACCGGGAAUGGCCGGCGGGAGAAAAGGAAGCAGCUAACGCUGCCGUCCCUGCGGCUGUACGAGGAACACUGCAAGCCCGAGCGCGACGGCGCGGAGUCGGACGCCUCGUCUUGCGACCCUGCCCCCGCGCGGGAACCGCCACCCUCCCCGGGGUCAGCGCCUAGUCCCCUGCGCCUGCAUCGAACCCGAGCCGAGGAGAAGUCGUGCGCCGCGGACAGCGACCCAGAGCCGGAGAGGCUGAGCGAGGAGCGCGCGGGGCCGGCGCUAGGCCGCAGCCCGGCCCUGGACAGCGGCAGCCCCCCUCGCUUGACCGAACCUGAGCGCGCCCGGGAGCGGCCCAGCCCGGAGAGGGGCAAGGAGCCGGCCGAGAGCGGCGGGGACGGCCCGUUCGGCCUGCGGAGCCUAGAGAAGGAGCGCGCCGAAGCGAGGCGGAAGGACGACGGGCGCAAGGAGGCGGGCGAGGGCAAGGAGCCCGGCCUGGCGCCGCUGGUGGUGCAGACGGACAGUGCGUCCCCCCUGGGCGCCGGACACCUGCCGGGCCUGGCUUUCUCUGGCCAUCUGCACGGGCAGCAGUUCUUCGGGCCGCUGGGGGCCGGCCAGCCGCUCUUCUUGCACCCGGGACAGUUCGCCAUGGGCCCCGGAGCCUUCUCCGCCAUGGGCAUGGGUCACCUGCUGGCCUCGGUGGCGGGCGGCGGCGGCAGUGGUGGAGGAGGCGGGCCAGGGGCCGCCACCGGGCUGGACGCAGGCGGGCUGGGUCCCGCGGCCAGCGCCGCAAGCACUGCUGCGCCCUUCCCUUUCCACCUCUCCCAGCAUAUGCUGGCAUCUCAGGGAAUCCCAAUGCCCACUUUCGGAGGCCUCUUCCCCUACCCCUACACGUACAUGGCAGCCGCUGCGGCCGCGGCCUCUGCUCUGCCAGCGACCAGUGCUGCGGCUGCAGCUGCUGCCGCCGCCGGCUCCCUGUCCCGGAGCCACUUUCUGGGCAGUGCCCGGCCCCGCCUGCGUUUCAGCCCCUACCAGAUCCCGGUAACGCUCCCGCCCGGCGCGAGCCUCCUCACCACUGGGCUGGCGGCCGAGGGCUCCAAGGCUGCCGGCGGCAACAGCCGGGAGCCCAGCCCGCUGCCGGAGCUGGCUCUCCGCAAGGUUGGGGCCCCUUCCCGGGGUGCCCUGUCACCCAGUGGCUCAGCCAAAGAGGCGGCCAGUGAACUGCAGAGCAUCCAGAGACUGGUGAGUGGGCUGGAGAGCCAGCGAGCCCUCUCCCCCGGCAGGGAGUCGCCCAAGUGAGGGGGCUGCCCAGCGGCUCCGCUGCCACGCAGACCUCCCGGGCUGCCUGCCCCUGCUGCUUGGCACGUGUACAGCACAGAAUGGGUAUUUAUUUACAUAAAGGAGCAAAAGCGGGCUGCAGCAGCCGGAACAGAGGCCCGCCCGACCAGCCAGCCAGGGCCUGGGACAUUUCCCUGGGCCUCACAAGGAACCCAGCUGCCGGGAACGCAGUCGCUUAGGAGCCACUGGUCAUGGUCCAGAUCUGCUCCAGUGGCAAGGUGGCAUUGGCCAGGGGCCCCUCUGGGUCCUCCGGCGCUGUGGGCAGGCCUCAUCGCCCCACCCAGCGGCCUCUUCCAGAGCCAGAAGGUGCAGGAGUCAGGGAUGGGAGCCUCGGAGAGAAGCCCAGAGCCCCUAGCCUUGGGCCUGGACCGCUUGAGAAUCUGCAGUGAGGGAUGCUGGGCUCAGUGAAGACUGAAGUCAGUGUAGACUUGAGCUGGGAGGGACCUGUUCUUUUAGUCCUCCCACUUCUUCCCCCAAAAAGACAGGCGCCCCUCCCACCCCUGGGUCAGCGGAGGGAGUGGCACUUCUGCCUUGAGUCCCCAGGGAAAAAAAAAAAAGAUAUUUAUGAAAUAAAUGGUAAUUUGUGUAAAUAAGCUUUAAGGUUCCCAGAAUAUGCAAAUUGGUAUUAAUUUAUUCAAAGGUGUACAUUGCUGUGUACAUAAUAUCUAGAGAUUAAUUCAUAGCAUUUAAAAUUUCUUUUCAUUUUACAUGAGCAUCUAUAUUGUACAGGGCUUGGGGGGGGGGGUCCUUGGCUUCGGGAGAAGCCCCGACCCCCGGAGGAACUCCCACCCCGCCAGCCCCUCGGCCCCUCCGCCCGGGCUUUGCUCGCCCGGCCCGCGGGCUCCACCUCAGGUUUUCACUUUUCGCUACGGAGCGAGACGAAAAGACAAAAACGCGAGAAAACAAUAAAACGCUGCAAUGCGAA